GGCCCAAAAUGAUCAAAUCCAUAUUCAAACAUCACGGCCACUCCAAACCCUCACUCAACCCCCUCCAUUUUUGAAAACCCUACAUCCACACUGUAUAUAAAUACUUCAACCUCCACUUGCAGCAAAUUUUCUCCACUCAGGUCGCCGCAGCCGUUAAAGAAAUGGGUAAAGGGACUGGAAGCUUUGGUAAGAGAAGGAAUAAGACACACACCCUCUGUGUGCGAUGCGGUCGUCGGAGCUUCCAUUUGCAGAAGAGUCGUUGCGGCGCUUGUGGUUAUCCUGCCAGUCGCGUCAGAAAAUAUAACUGGAGUGUGAAGGCAAUUCGCAGAAAGACAACUGGCACUGGCCGAAUGAGGUACCUUCGUCAUGUCCCGCGCAGGUUCAAGUCUAACUUUAGAGAAGGUACACAAGCCACUCCAAGGAACAAGGGAGCUGCUGCAGCCUCCUCAUAAGCCUAACAAGGCAAUGCAUGUCUGUUUUGUUUUUAUAUUUAUCAAUUUGCAAACCAAAAGUUUUGAAUCACUGUCUAAUGGCCAUUCGUUCGUGUAUGUUUCGUUGUUUAAACAUUGGAGAGCUACAAAUGUUUACUGUUAUAUUAUGAUUUUGGGUGUUUAUUA